ACCUGCAGCCUGGAGGCAGCAGCGGGACACACAGAGCUUAAGUUUCCGGAAGCUGAGACACGAGGCGAGCAAAACAUUUUCCACCGGCUCUUUUUCUCUUUGUCCAUCCAGCUCCUGCUGAAAGCAACAUCCCCUCACACACAGCGACACCAUGGCGACUGUUGUCGACACAAAACUAUACGACAUCCUCGGAGUGUCUCCCUCCGCGUCUGAAAACGAGCUGAAGAAGGCAUACCGGAAACUGGCAAAAGAGUACCACCCCGACAAGAACCCAAAUGCUGGAGACAAAUUCAAGGAAAUCAGUUUUGCCUAUGAGGUGCUGACCAACCCUGAAAAGAAGGAACUUUAUGAUCGCUAUGGAGAACAAGGUUUGCGGGAAGGAGGUGGGGGUGGCCCAGGGAUGGACGAUAUCUUCUCCCAUAUCUUUGGCGGUGGACUCUUUGGAUUCAUGGGUGGCCAGGGGAGUCGCUCCAGAAACGGAGGUCGGCGGAGAGGAGAGGACAUGGUCCACCCACUCAAGGUGUCACUGGAGGACCUUUACAAUGGGAAAACAACUAAACUACAACUUAGCAAGAAUGUACUGUGUAGCACUUGCAAUGGGCAGGGAGGCAAGACGGGUGCCGUACAAAAAUGUACAACAUGUAGGGGGCGUGGCAUGCGCAUCAUGAUCAGACAGCUGGCCCCGGGGAUGGUCCAACAGAUGCAGUCUGUGUGUACCGACUGUAACGGAGAAGGUGAAGUUAUCAGUGAGAAAGACCGCUGUAAAAAAUGUGAGGGCAAAAAAGUCGUGAAGGAAGUGAAGAUUCUGGAGGUACACGUGGACAAAGGCAUGAAGCACGGCCAGAAAAUUACUUUUGGAGGGGAGGCUGACCAGGCACCUGGCGUCGAGCCUGGGGAUAUAGUCCUUGUCCUGCAGGAAAAAGAUAACGAGACAUUCAGACGAGACGGCAAUGACCUGUUCAUGAACCACAAGAUCGGGCUGGUGGAGGCGCUGUGCGGCUUCCAGUUUAUGCUGAAACACUUAGAUGGAAGACAGAUCGUUGUGAAGUACCCUGCUGGAAAAGUCAUUGAACCAGGCUCAGUCAGGGUGGUGCGAGGAGAAGGCAUGCCACAGUACCGAAACCCUUUUGAGAAGGGAGAUCUGUAUGUGAAGUUCGAUGUCCAGUUCCCCGACAACAACUGGAUCAGCCCCGAGAAACUUGUGGAACUAGAGGACAUGCUGCCCUCACGGUCAGAGCCGCCCAUCAUCACUGGAGACACAGAGGAGGUCGACCUGCAAGAUUACGACGUCAGCCAGAGCUCGUCGUCGGGCGGCCGCAGAGAGGCCUACAACGACAGCUCUGACGACGAGGGUGGCCACCACGGGCCUGGGGUACAGUGUGCCCACCAGUAGUCUCUCUCACAUACACAGAGAUACGACCCACGUUCUGCUUGGGGAGAAAAUGUAUGAGUUGCAGAGUAAACAAGGAUGUAGGUCAGACUGAAAAGUUCGGUAAUUCCUCAGACACAGAUCAAAUGAACAUGUUGGAUCUUGGCACCUGGAAUUGUUGAUUAAUGUUAUUGACUGGUGUGCUGGGAUUAUUUUGAUCUAUGUCUGAGGAACUCGCACUGGGGCAGUCAAAGACUUUCCACUGCACCUGAAACAGAUUUAGACACUUUAAGCAGCAACUUCAGGUAGAAAUCAUAUCAUGUAUUUAAGAUGUAUCGAGACAAACGGCUGCCCCAGUGAAUACUGUGAUCUGGUGUUCAAGGUGAACCCCUCACCCUCCCCUCUGAAGUCCACCCCCCUCCUCUCAUGGGAACCCCAGAUCAAUCAAAGAAAGGAAUGUUUCUUGUUUGCUGAGUGUGUGACUUGCAUUUUGUUUUCAUAGUAUUUACAAUAAUUAAUUUAAAAAAACUAACCGAUGUGCAUACAAACACAAAGCAGCUGAGCAAUGUGACGUGCAGAUCUUUGGACUCCUGUAAUUCAUCCACUCGGCGCCAUUCGUAGGAUUUGUUUCUGAUUUUUACAGCUUCGUUUUUCUUUGUUAGGUUUUUACUCCUGUUUUUUUUUCCUUUAUAUUUUAAUUCAAAACCGAAAAUUGAUUAUUGUGUAUAUCAUUGAACUGGUUGUUGGUAAGCUUCAUCAGCUGCUGUAUUCAAAGCUGUGUGAUUUUUAAAAAAGAAAAAUGACAAGUGAAAAGACAAAUGUAUAGCCUGUAUCUGUGCUGAGACCAUGUGCAUGUAAAAAAAAGCUUUGGUUCCUGCACUUAUCAAACAUCACAUAAAACAGCACUCUUCCUAAGAAAACGUCUAUGAAGUUGUUGAAUAAAUUGUUGAAAUAUCA